AUGUCUAAUUGGAAUCGAGUGAAGGUUUUGGGUAAAGGUUCUCAUGGCACAGUGUUCUUACCAGUGCCAACUAGUGCACCUCUUGAUUUUGUUGCUCUUAAAGACUCUCUUGAUACUGUUACUUACAACCUUGCAUUGGAGUAUGCUGCCGAAGGUAGUUUAAUAGACUUGAUUAGGCGACGGGAGAAAUUGCCAGAGGUUGAGGUCAAAGAGUAUCUCAGAAUGAUUUUAAGAGGUCUUUGUUGUAUUCAUGAGCGAGGGUAUGUACAUGGUGAUAUCAAACCAGAUAACAUUCUUGUGUUUUCUGAUGAUACUGGCAAGGUGAAAUUGAAGAUAGCUAACUUUGGGCUUUCCAAGAAAUACGAUGAGUUUGAGGAAGUGGUGAUAUCCACCAAUGCCAAACCAAGAUUUAGAGGAACACCAAAAUAUAUGUCACCAGAAUCCAUUCUUUUCGGUAAGAUCAACACUUCACUUGAUAUCUGGUCUUUGGGUUGUGUUUUAAUUGAAAUGAUUUCUGGAAAGCCAGUGUGGAGUGAUUGUAAAACUCUGGGACAACUAAUGAAAAAGAUUGUGAAUCAAAUGGAUCUACCAGCAGACAUUCCAGAAGAAUUAUCUAGAAAAGGAAGAGAUUUUCUUUCAAAAUGUAUCGAUCAAAAGUCUGAACAAAGAUGGACGGCUAAUAUGCUACUCAAACAUCCUUAUCUUAAAGAAGAAUAUAAAGUUGAUGAGUUGUUCUCGACUCAAAGUUUACCUGAUUUAUCAGAUAUAGAAUGGUUUGAAGAAAGAGGAUUUUUAUAG